AUGACCCAGCUUUUCGGAGGCUUGGCCCUCGGAGGACAUGGCGUUCGUGAGCCAAACAUCCCACAAGUGGCGCCAGAGAAUCGUUACAACGCCCUGAUCCUCCCCUCGGACGCACUGUACAAGCAAAUCGAGGACGAGUUCAAGUUCCAUCUCGCUGAUCCCCGAGUCGCCGUCGGUGACGUCCUCGACAAGUACUUCACACCUCAUGAGGCAAAGCUCUUUUUACCGAUAGCCGAGUCCACAAGCCUCGUCCAGAUACAAGACGAGAAUACGCAACGCUACAGAGACAUCUUACGCACCAGGUUUAGGGGCCAUCCUCUUUCGCUGGCUAGCAAAUUCGCCAUGCUCUAUUUCGGCCUGCCCAUUGAGCCGGCCAUCUCGCACCUCUUCGACGCGCAGCGACCUAGGCUCGAUCUUCUUGAUGACAAUACAACUGAGGGCGGCAUGGCUCGCCCGCCUCUGCACUUUCUCACCGCUCACGAUCGGCGCAAUUACGGCUAUGACCACCGACGGGGGCGAGAGGCAGGGUACAGCACGCUACCCGUAGCUGCAUUGAGUCUGCGAGGCACCGAUGCCGAGCCCGUUCUCGGCCUGCGAGGCGGCGCCAUCGAUGACGAGCUCCAUGAUGAUUACCCUGACAAUCUACCAGUAGAAGAGGGCGACGAGAAUUUAUCAGACGACAACGUUGAAGAACCAUCUCCGAAGAAGGACGUGCCCGAGACUGCACCAGAAGGUGAUGUUGUCAUGAAGGACGUUUCCGACCAGGAACAAAGAACAUACCGGCCCCCCGCAACAGCAUCCCUCCCCUCCCAGACUUGGCUCUACGGUUUCCAGGGACGUAUCUACAUUGACGUCAUGAAAAGAAAGGAGGCGGAGAAGGGCCUCGAGGCGUUGCUCUCGAUGCGUCCCGGGCACGAUUGCGACGUUAUUCUCCAACGAUACAACGCAACGACACACCAAAAGCAGGAGGAGACCUUCUUCCAGACCCACGCUGAUGUGAUCAACUACAUUGCCGACCACUUCUCCUCGGCGCAGAAUGCGUGGUUUGUUCACCGUGCUGGCGAGAGUCCGCCCGAGACAUAUAUCCCCUCGACCAGCACCUUCGACACCCUCGUCGAGCUGAAUCAUGUCGCUGGGGGGCAGCCCCGUGUUGCCUAUUUCCGCACGCCCUCGAGAACGUGGUUCAACGGCCCCGACGGCAACGCCAAUUUGUACUGGGCCUUUGGUGCCAACCAUUACAUGCCCUUUCUGCAGAACGCGCAAGAGGUCCUCCUCGGCCGCCCGCCAGAGGGCCGCAGAGGUCCCCAUGCUCUCCUGCGCUAUGCCCACGGCGACGGCAGCCAUAUCAAGACGAACGAAGGCCAACCUGUCACCACGUCGUGGUACGGCGGGAACGAGACCAACGCGAAUGUUUUCCAUUGGAUGGUCCCCCAAAAUCCGGACACGCGGCACACUCUCCAGCUGCUGCGGCGUGAUCUAGCACCCCGCUCCGCCGUCCUCCUGGCGCCGGGGAGCGCCAAUGCCAGGGGUACCUUCCAAAUCGCUUGGCCGUACAGCAAUCUCCGUCGUAAGCUCGACAGCUUCUGCCACGACGAGUACCCCAACACCCAAAUUGAGUCAUUCUUCGUGUGGUCCCACGACGAGUUUCUGACGGGCCAUCGGUCCAUGCCCAUGGGGCAGUGGAACCCUCGCGAGAGCGACGUGGACAAGCUGGCGGAUCAUGAGCUGCACAUGACCAGACUCAUGCAGGCCUACGUCAAGGAGACGCACGGCAACGGCUGCGCGUUUGUCUUCCAGCCUCAGUAUGAGCGCGACAUUGCCGACGACACAACAUGCCAGCUGCGCUUGAAAGGGUGGGAGGGGACCGCUCCCUUUCCGGAGCAACUGGAGAGUGUCGACAUGCUCUACGAGCAGCUCAUUGUCGCUUCCACAAAUGUGGCUGAAGGUCAGCCUGCGUCGCGAACCGGUGCGCUUACCAUGGCCAUGCUGAAGAACAAUCUCGUCUGUCUCGCCGAUGGCCCGGUGGAUAGUCCUAACACGCGGACAUUUGUCGUUUUGCCUACCACGAGCCAUGACGAAAUGCGUGCCAUGCGUCGCCAGAUGACGAGCCAAGUCAUCACCGCAGAGCUGCUCUCCAAUAAUCAUUCUGAUUUCAUCGAGCGUAUGACGGCUUCCAACAGCUCUUCGCACCCAUGGGGCCCACGCUACGGCCUUGUCAACCAGUGGCGGGAGCGGAUAGGCUUCGAGAAGCUGCCCAAGCCAGGCGAUCCCGUCUUCGAAGAGCUGAAGAAGAAGCUGGGCCCCUCUUCCAAGAACGGACCCAAGGCUGGAGACAAUGGCAAGCCAAAGGACAGACCUCUCACGGACGAGGAGAUUUGGGGAAAGGACGAAGAACCAUUUCUCAAGCACGAGAUUAACCAGCGCGAGCUGUCGUGGGCCCGGCAACCGAGCAUCUGGGACUCGGGCACGUACAACCCCUCGAUCCCCACCAACGCGCCUCCCCGGGAAGCCAUCUUGCGCACAGGCAAGGGCCGGAUCCCUGUACUGUCCAAGGGGACGCUCACGCCGACAGAGGUGGCCCGGAUGCAGCGAGACUUCCACGAGCUUCGGAACCUGAACAUUCAGAGAAUCGCCUUCUGUCCGUUCCCAAACUGUAAAUUUAGCUACCGUGUUGACAAGAUGGACAAGAUCAGCAGGCAUCUGAGGCAGCACACGACGAACAACUGUCCGUGGUGUCCAGAAAAGCUAUAUGAGCACUGGGACAAGCCCCAGCGAGACCGCCACUUCAAGAACAAGCACGAAGCGGAACUGCGUUCGGUCCUCAAGCAAGCGGCCAACAGACCCGUCACGGACCCGUUCAUCGAGAAGCAGCAGCAGCAGGAGGCCAAUGGUGCCAUCGUCACCAGAACACUCAUCCCGCAACCCUUCUCGUGGACGGCCAAGCCGAACUCCAUCUUUGAGCAAGUUGUGAAGAGGCCUACCGACCUCAGGGUUGCUCGCCUGCCACCCAACAGGGCCAACCCCAAAGAGAUGGAGUUUAGCUUCUGCGACCGCUGCGGGCGCGACCACAGUAUGCUCAACGAUGCAAAGGACCGUCGGCACCACGACCGAGUAUGUGUGCCCCAUGCUGAAGGUGCCGGUGCCUGCACCUUCUGCGAGACGUGCGGUUCUCAUGUGUGGAAAACGGAGAACGACGCUCUGAACUGGGAUCCCACGGCCAAGCUCCCACACCGCUGUAGGGGGCUCGCCCACUCGGGCAAGCCAUUCUGUAAAUCCUGCGGACUCUCACUAGGCCAGUACUCCGACGAGUACGUUGACAAGCACCGCAAGUUCUGUGGCGCAUUCUUCAGCGUCAUUGGCACCUUCUGCCCCUACUGCCAGCUGAAAUUUGAUACCGUGCCCGGGGCCGACAAGGUCGAGGACGUGAUCGAGGCCAAAAAGGUACAUAUCAACACCUGCCGAAACGAUCACGUGCAUCCAAGUUUGCAGGUGCAACGAGGCCAGAUGACGCCCUUUGAUCUCUAUGAUGAGGACUAUUGGCGCGAGUGGACGCGACCGUACGAUGAGCAGUACGACGGACCUCGCGCGUUCAACGAGGUGCUUCGGCUGCCCCAUAGGGCGACGAAGGCCCUCUUGCCGCCCCUUGCUUGGUGGGAGAAACAGGGGCCGCGGGACUCGGUCGUUGACCCGCCGCAGGAUUGCGGCGUCUGCAGAGCGGCUCUUGUUGGGCUUGACGCGUCAAGCGUGCUGCAGCACUUUGAGGCCGACCACAAUGACGAUAAGCCCCUCGAAACGUGUCCGUUGUGCGAUCUAUCUUUCACGGCGCCGGUCGCUGAAGGCGAGACGCAAGUGUAUCUCGCUUCACGCGCACAGCAGCAGCGGCACAUGGAGUGCCACGUUUUCGACCUGUGGAACGACAUCCGGAUGAACUCGAGCAGGCAGAAAAUCACCCACCCGACGGAGAAUCCAUUCAGGCAGGGCCACCCUCUGUGGGACCCCAAAGAGUACGGGCUCGACAGGCGCGACAAGCGAUGCCCGGCGUUCGCCGUGUGCGGUGCCAUGGUGGGGUUCAUGACGCCGGAGCAGUGGCGGCUACACAAGAAGCAGGUGCACGGCAGCGAGGAGUGGCAGCUCGAGACGCCGGGACAGAUCGCGUCUGGGACGAGGGCGGCCAGGGCAGCAAAAGAGCUUAGGGCAGGGAAGAAAAAGGGUUCGGACGACAGCGGUGGUGACGGUGGCGGAGGUGGCAGCGGUGGUGACGAUGGCGGAGGUGGCGGCGGCGGUGACGGCGGCGGUGACGGUGACGGCAGCGGAAAGAAGGCGCCUCAGGAGAACACGCCUGGAGAAGAAACGACAUUACCGAAAGAGCUCCCCAAAGGCGACUUCGCCGUUGUGGAAACAGACUACUGUUCACGAUGCCUCCGCAAGAUGCCCCGUAAGAAUAAUAUUGGUCCGGGGAAGCUCUCGUGGGAGCAGCAGGUCAUGGCUCACUGUGACCCGAAGCGCAGCUGCCGCGUCCCCUACCAGCGGGGCAGCGACGCCAACUCCGUUCCUAACAUGUCGGGCUUCUUGUCUAAGGUGCAGAUGACCAACCUGGGGGGAAUCACCAAGCUGAGGAGGAACUUUGCGACAGGCCAUCCCACAUACGCGCGGACAAUUUACCCUACUGAUGGGAACUUUGCGCGCAGCACGACAACGUGGGAGUUUGAUCCGAACCGGAACGAGAACAGCAAUGCUUGGGGGAUGCCGUUCCCGCCACCGCCACCUGGGGGGACCCAGGCCGGAGGAGGCGAUGAUGGAGGCGGUGGAGAUGGUGGUGACGGCGGAGGCGGAGGUGAUGAUGGAGGGGAUGGGGGCGGUGGAGGUGAUGGUGAUGGCGCAGGCGGGGGCGGGGGCGGAGGCGAUGGUGAUGGCGGUGGUGGUAGUGAUAGUGACAAAGGCGGUGGUGAUAAAGACGGUGGUGAUGCUGGCGAUGAAGGCGACACAGCCCCAAGCAGUCAAGCCGGAAAAAAGCGCGCCAACCUUACACCAAAAACACCAGCCUCCAGCAGGACAAUGGGCGAUGGCGGAACUAGCAGCGGCGGCGGUCUCAGCAGCAGCAAGCGAAAGCGAGGCGACGCGCAAACUGAUCCAUCCUAUCGACCGAGCAAGGAGGAGCUCGCGAUGGAGCAGCAGGAGGUGCAGAAGGAGGUACAGGAAGAAGGAGAAAGGCAGAAGAAGGACUCAGCCCGGACGGCAAAGAGGACGAAGCACGUCUGA